AUGAAAUAUAAGUUAUUAGUUUUAUUUUUCAUAAGCUUGGAUAUGGCAUAAGAGUGGGAAAUUAUUUAUGAAAGUUUUAAAGACUCAAAUUCAAAAGAUGCAAUAGGGUGGACAGUAAAAAAUAAUUACAAUCAAAAUUUAUUCACCAGCUGUAAUGGUAUUAAAUUGUUUGGAGGGUAUGGUGUUUUUGCAUAGAAUACUUUAGUAUCUAAGUACUUUUCCUUGCCUCCUCAUUUUAAAGUCAAAGUUGAUUUCGACUUUUGGAAAAUUGAUAGUUGGGAUAAUGAGGGUGUCUAUAUAUUUGUGGAUGAUAAAUUAUGGGCAAAAGGUUAUUCUUGGUGGCAAGGGAGUCAAAUUUGUGGAGUAGGAGAUGGUUGGAAUGAAGUAAUUGAGCCAAUUUCAAUUAUAAUAAGUCAUAAUUCAGAAUCAUUAGUGUUCAUCAUCACUUCAAGUUUAGAUUAGCCCCCUUCUGAUGAAAGUUGGGGAUUUAGAAGUUUUACUUUGUCAAUAUUAAGAUGUCCUUAGGGUUGCUUAUUUUGUUAAGAUACUGAUUAUAAUAAUUGUUUUUAUUGGAUUAGUUUUAUAUCAUUGUGGCACUAUUCAAUAGAAGUUGAUGGAUGGAUGAAAAAUAGUGAUAUCUAACCUGCAAUAGGUUAAUGUGCCAGUAUUGGUCUUGUUGGAGGAUCUAUUAAUCUAGCACCAAACGAUAAAUUAGAAAAGAUUUUCACAAAUUUACAUCCUCAUUAUAAAAUGGUUCUGAAAUUAUAACUUUGGAAAAUUGAUUCAUGGGAUAAUGAAAACUUUGUUUUAGAAGUAGAUGGUUAAAUUUAUAACUAAACCAUUUUGAGAAGUGCAGGUAGUUAUUAGAUUUGUGGAUCCAGUGGAUAAGAACAGAUUAUUAAUAUUGAAAUUACUUUAUCUCAUCAUUAAUCAGAAUGCAAAAUAACUAUGAGAACCAAUAAUAAUUCUAUUACUAAAAAUGCUUAUUGGGGAAUAAGAGCAUUUAAUUUAUACCUUGCAAAAUGCAUUACUGGUUGUGAUCAAUGUUUAGGUCCAUUAAUAACACAGUGUACUGAAUGCUCAAAGGAAUGGGUCAUUUACCAGAACUUUUGCACUUAUCCCCCUCCUAUGUUAUUUUUAUAAAUCUCAAUUACUCAAUUAAAAGUUCCAUAGUUAAAUUGGAUUCCUAUAUAGAUCCAUCUACUAGAAGUCGAUUAAAAGAUAGUUUCGUAAGGAAAUUUUACACUUUUAUUUAAGAAUACUUAAUAAAUUUUGACUUUUCAGGUGGAUAUAAAAUGCAUUCCAAAAAAAGCAAUUAAAAGUUUAUUUUAUAGCAAUUCAUUUUAAAAUUUAUAAUAAUAUUAAUAUCGAAAAAAUUGUUUAGGAAAUUUCAAUACAGCAAUCUAUAAUGUUAAAUACGAUUUAAAAAUAAUUGCUGAAUAACAGUUGAUAAUUCACACAUCUGAUACCCAAUGUUUAAUAUAUUAAGUAGUUAGAGUUGCUGAUGAAUUAGCUUAUAUAAGAAUUUUAGAAAUCUUCUUAGAAGAUUUUUGA